GAAGCAGUAGCCAUAUCUCAAGUAAGAUAAGGUACUGGCAACUAGUUUAUGCAACUAAAAUCACACUUUGCACCUAAUCUCAUCCUCUUGGAAACAUAAUAAAAACCCUCCCUAUCCCCUCUUUGGGACAUCGAACACUUGAACAAGCAUCACUUGCAUAGUUGCAUUUCGAACACUUGAACAAGUAUCACUUGCGUAGUUGCAUUUGCAUUUUUGCAAAGCUUCCAAGCUGUGCAGAGAGCAAAACCUGAAAACCACAAAGAUGAAGCACCAUUUUUCAGUCUUCUUAUUUCCAGCUAUCCUUCUCUUGCUCCACUGCACCCAAACACUAUCCCAGACACCUACAGCAGCACCAGCAAAAGCACCUGCUGCAGCCUCUGCACCUCCGCCAGCUGCGACCUCGUCUGCACAGGCCUCCCCGCCUGUUAUGGUUCCUGUACAAGUUUCAAAAGGUCCUGUCAAUGUCAUUAAAAUCCUUCAGAAGGCUGGCGGCUUUGCGGUCUUUAUCCGUCUUAUAAAAUCCACUCAAGAGGACAUCCAAGUAUUCUCCCAGCUCAAUGACUCGAGAGAUGGUGUCACCAUCUUUGCCCCUACUGAUGGGGCCUUUUCAGCCAUUAUCAAAUCAGGCGUUCUUAACUCCCUAAGUGAUCAUCAGAAGAUUGAGUUGGUGCAGUUUCAUAUUAUACCAAAAAUUCUUACAACUGCUAAUUUUCAGACUGUCAGUAACCCUAUAACGACACUGGCAGGAUCUGGUAGUCGUUUUGCUCUUAAUGUGAUAACCACAGAAAAUAUGGUGAACGUAACUUCAGGACUUACCAAUACAAGCGUAUCGGCAAUUGUAUACACUGAUAGCCAGCUUGCUGUCUAUCAGGUCGACAAGGUGCUACUUCCUUUAGAUAUUUUUGCCCCUAAAGCUCUUGCUCCUGCACCAGCACCACCAAAGCCUAAAAAGGAUGAUGGUGCAGACACUCCUAUGGUUCCAAAGGAUAUUUCUGGUGCAGUAAGCUGUGUCAUGCUUAAUACUAUGCUUAUCUCCGGAGUUAUCAUAGUUGCUGCAGCUUUUCCUUUGUGACCCUGGUGUUUUGACAAGGUAUCAAUUUCUUCAUCAGUGGUUCAUGAUUCUGCUGGUUGUAAUGAACUGUGGUGUUUAACAGGUUCAUUGCUUUGAAUAAUUGUCAUUUCCUCUCAAUUCUAUUUGUGUUCUUCCAAGUUUGUAAAUAACUCUGCCUUUGAUUUUUAUUUUUAUUUAUUGGUUAUUGCUCUUAUUCUGCUUUCAUGUAUUCUGUGGAAUUGUAAUUUAUAUCAGAGAAAAAGAAAUAUAAUGUUGAUGUGCUUUGAUUUUUCAA